CACAUACAUACUCAAAACACAGAAAAACACAUUACAUCUAACAACACCGCUUUUUAUUAUACUCCUAAGUCCUAUCCACAUUAAUAGAGCACAAAUAUUUGAAAACAAAAAUGAAGUCCUCAUUAUCACUCGCAGCAAUCAUGAUAUGCUCUGCCAUGAUGAUAGGAAUGGCAGCAUCAGCAGCGGAACCAGUUCUCGACGUAACCGGUCAGAAACUCAGAAGCGGAGUCAAAUACUUCAUUCUGCCAGUUCUCAGAGGCAGAGGCGGUGGCUUAACCGUCGGAAGCAGCGUGAACAGCACGUGUCCAAUCUACGUCUUGCAAGACAAGCUCGAAGUAACACGUGGCACACCAGUGACCUUCACACCUUCCACUCCCAACAAAGAUGGCGUUAUUCUAACUUCCACGGAUCACAACAUCAAGUCCACGUCAGCACCAAAGUGCAAGGAGUCAUCCGUGUGGAGGCUUCUCAAGGUGCUGAGCGGCGUGUGGUUCAUAAGCACCGACGGCGUUGCCGGAAACCCUGGCGUCAACACCGUUGUCAACUGGUUCAAGAUUGAGAAGGACGGCAAAGACUAUAACCUCUCUUUUUGUCCUUCUGUUUGUAACUGCUCCACUCUGUGUAGGCCUCUUGGCAUUUUCACCGACUCUGAUGGCACCAAGCACUUGUCUCUCAGCGAUCAGGUUCCAACAUUCAAGGUCAUGUUCAAGAAGGCUUAAUUAAUUAAGCUCUAAUUAGCCAAUAAAUAAAACAAUGGCAGAGACCAGCUUGCUAGGCCUUUCUUUCUUUCUUUCUUUUUUCAGUUUUCUUGUGUGAGAGAGUAAAAUUUUCUGAUGGAUCAAAUAAUGGACUCAUCAAUGUAUUAGUAAAACUCCUCAAUAAAACGUGCUUUAAUUUA